CGACGCAGAGGGCGCGGCCAACGGGCCUGUUUGGUAAUCGCCUGGGACUCGGAGGGCCCCAGGGCUACAGUUUUGGAGGCCAGGAAUCCAAGUCAAGGUGGUUUUGGUGUCUGGCAAGGCUUCAAAUCUUGCUCAUAACUGGAUGACUGUCUUCUCAGUGUACUCCGGUGGCAGAAGGAUCCCUUGCGCUUUGAGAGCUCUUUGAUUGAAGAUGGAAGAACCCCUGGAGAUUGCCUCCACUGGUGGCUGUGAGGGGGACAUAGUGACAGAAAAAUACGUGGUCGACUCCAAGGCAUGUGCUUCUCACGUGCAGCUGGCGUGCAGUGCACAGUUCUGCGCCUUUCCUGUAGGUGGAAGCCAGCUUGGCCUGUGGGACUGCAGGGCUCCUUCACGCCAGCUUCUAAUCCUCAAAGGACACCUGCAGGCAAUUACUGCCAUAGCUUUUGGAAAUCGAGAAGCCCCGCCUCUGAUCUGUUCUGCAUCACAGGAUUUUGUGAUGGUGUGGAACCUGGAGGUGUGCAGAGAAAAGGCAGUUCAAGGAGCAAGUCAUGUGGACAUGGGGACGCAGCCAGAAGCAGCCCGACCUGUGCUGAGCCUCUCUCCCUGCCCUCUCCCCCACAGGCUGAGUUCUGGGAGCACAGGCCUAUCCUCUGAGAACACCAGGUGCCUGUGGAUUGGAAGCUCAACAGAGUUGUUCAUCUUUAACUUGGCAAACUUGGAAAUGGAAGCUGUUUUACGUUUCAAGGAUUUUAGGAGCCUCUCUGUUCAAGUUGCUGGAUCAUGCGCAGUGACAAGCGAAACUGUCAACCUUAAGGCAUACUGUGUACUCACAUCCAUGUUUGAGAGUACAAUCGCUGUGUUGGAAAUCCACCCGGCAGCGCUGGUGAGCUCUCAGCAGCGUCCGGGCCCUGGGAAGGCUCUCUCCGUGCUAGCGAGCUCCUGUGUCUUACCAACUUCUCCACUGUAUUUUGGAACUGCUGGGGAGAAACGUAAUAAACCUGCUACACAAAAGCAGCCUGCAGCUGUGCGGAGAGCUGUAGAGGACAAGCCUGUGGUUUUCCACACCAAAGUCAGGUCAUCUGGAUAUGCACUGGCACCGCAUAUGACUAUGUUUUCACCAAAGACUAACAUCAAGACAGAUGCUAAAAGAUCUUUGAAAUGCGAGAAGAAUUAUAAAUGUGAGGAGUAUCCCUUGGAGAAUUCACUGCCAAGCAGACUGAGCAAGCAGCUGGCCAUGGCCCGAGAGCCAGCGGCCGUGAGCUGCAUGCAGUACUCAGGAAAUGGACAGUGGUUGGCCUGUGGCUUAGCCAACCAUCUCGCCUUGGUUUUGGAUGCUGGUCUCAGUGGAACGCCUGCUGCUUUUUCAGGUCACGAUGGAGCUGUGAGCUCCAUCUGCUGGAGCCAUGAUGGGAAGUGGCUGCUCUCUGCUUCCCGGGACCGGACCGUGAGGGCGUGGGCAGUUCGCAGGAAGGAAGUCAUGCUGCUUCUGGGCAGAGAUGUGCUUCCUCGGCCUGUGCAGGCUGCGCAGUUCUACUACGUGGACUCCUUCAUCCUGCUGUCCUGUGGCCCAGAGCUGUGGCUGCUGAAGUAUCACCUGGACACGCGCAAAGAUGAGCUGCAAAGGUAUAAACUGAAAAGCAGUUAUAAGGUCGUUUACCGGGUCUCUCUGUCAAAUGCAGCCGAUGUGACCAGUUUGUCAGCAGUGAAUGGCUUCUAUUCCUACAUUGCGCUCACAGCUGGCCGGGACAGGACUUUGGAAGUCUUUGACUUCAAUGCUGGCCGCAGUGCCGCGGUGAUAGCAGAAGCCCACUCACGGCCUGUCCAUCAAAUUUGUCAGAAUACGGGAUCAUCAUUUACAACUCAACUCCCGCAGGCAUAUAAUCUCUUCCUGACUACAGCCCUUGGGGACGGGAUCGGACUGUGGGACUUGAGGACCCUGCGCAGGUGUGAGCGUCGGUUCCAGGGACACCCAAACCGCUGCAACCCCUGUGGGAUGGCCCUCAGCCCGUGUGGCCGGUUCGUGGCCUGCGGAGCCGAGGACAGACAUGCCUACCUGUAUGAGCUGGGCUCCAGUGCCUUCUACCGCCGGCUGGCAGGGCACACAGACACCAUCACCACAGUGGCCUUCAACCCGGCGGCCCCGCAGCUCGUCACAGCCACAUUGGAUGGGAAGCUGCAGCUGUUCCUGCCCGAGUAACUGCUGCCCUGCUGGCACCAGGAGCCAGGGCCACAGUGUGCUGAGGAGGAAGCCGCAGUGCCUCCCUCAGCACGAGCGGGGUGGCUCUGCACCAUCAGACUCGCUCUCUGUGGGCCUCUGCGCUGUGGGCCACGCUCAACAGAGGAGCCAUCCGUUCCUCACGGGCCCAUCCUGCAAAAGUGGGAAUGGAACCAGUGCUUUUGCACAGAUGAGAGAAGCCAAAGCAGAAUAUUCUUCAAUAAAAUAUAAAGUAGUGUUUGUUUCAU